GUUUGGCUACAAAACUGCCAGGUCUCUCAACGCUCGUGCACUCUGUCCCUAUUCACUGACAGCGAAGCAAGACAAGCAACGUCCUUACAAUGACUUCAAAGCACAUUCCACGCGUUUUCAACUCGACCAGUGGACUUCUUGCAGUGAUGCGAGAGUUCUUGGCGAGUGUGGACCGCCUGAACCAAACUGUGCUGUUUCCCGUCAGAUUACAGGAUCUGGACCAGUCUCAGCUGACCAGCGAUGACCAACUGCUGCAACUCAUUAAACAGACCACAGAUGACGACAAAGAAGCCAUGGAUCUCUUCGCGGUGUACAUGCUGUUGCUGAAUACGAGAAGCGAACUCCUGUCAGGGUGUGACGUCGCCGGGAAGUCGUCUGCCGGCGACUCGUUGCUAGGGCAACAGCUGAAGUCGAUGGCCAGCAUGCUACAGAGCCUGACAAAGAUGGCGAAUACAAUACGAGGGCAGUACGAGACGUCAUUGUACCUCGUCUAGUGACGUAACAGCUGUAUACAACAUUUGACACAAACCAGCGUGCGAUGGGGACCGCCGUCUUCUAGCUGGAUUUUUUCCGAGUGCAGCGCAAAACAAGAAACCACUUGAAGAUUCAGGAGGAUGCUGUUUCUCAAGCAGAUAGUAUUGAGUUUGGUGUUUGGUUUUUGUUGGUUGUUGUGAUUCUGUGGCAAUUGUUGUUUUGAUCAUAGUUGUGAUCAUUUAAGAAGUAUCCCUUUCUGAAGUAACCCUUUCAAAUGCUCAAAUUCAAUGUAAAGGGUGUGGAUAUUUUGACCAGCGUAAUAAUAAAAUUUCGGUUUGCAAAAUGA